AUGGACUAUAGCGCAUCAAUGCAGGAUGACAACCCGGUCGGCGCCUCGCCCUGGGGUAACUCACCGACCUCAUCCCCUCGCCACCAGAGGACCGGCUUUGGCUCCGUCCUAGGCGACGAACCCCCCGUCUCCCCCUUUCGCAACGGCCUCCCGCAAGAUCAGGAGGGAGGAUUUGGCAGCCAAGACACCUCUUUCCGCAGGCCCGACACCGCUAGUACCACGUCUGGAACCGAGCCAGGAAUCAAUGAGUCGGCGACAACUGUCUCCUCCGGAGCCCAACACCACGAUGCCGCGACACCCUUUGGCCAUGACACGCAGAGUGGUCCAGAGACCCCCCAAAAGGCGCCGGAUCACGAGUCUGCCUCCGCCCCUGGACCACAGGGACAACAGAGCCAACACCCGUCGCAGCCUCAGAAGCCGCAAUACCGAUUGGUGGCCAAGAUCUCUGGUCUAGAAAGGACGGGUAAAAAGGACCCAGUCUUGCGGUUCGACGUCCAUACCAAUAUACCUCGAUUCCGCACUACGCAGUAUCGUGACGUCCGCCGACUACACUCUGAGUUUGUAAAGCUCGCCGACCAUCUGAUCUCCGCCAACCCCGAGGUUCUUGUUCCGGCAGUGCCUCCUCCCCUGACGUCCGCUGGGGCGGGGACCGAGGAGGACGAGGUGCGAGUGAGAGGCCUGAUGCAGCGCUGGUUCAAUUACGUUUGCAGCAACGAGGUUCUUAUGAGGGAUGACGAGAUGGUGCUCUUCGUAGAGAGUGACUUCGGCUACAGUCCUAUGGUCAAGAUGAAGCAACCUGCCACUGGUGUGCGGAGGAAGAUCCUGAAGCAGUUUGCCCCACCCCCCGACGAUACCCCCGAAUUGCAGGAAGCGCGCCCCAUUGUCAAACUCUUUUACCUGGGUACCAUGGAUGCCGGGCACAAGGUUGACAAACUAGUCAAAUCACGGCGUGGUCUCGGUCUCUCCGAAUCCGACUUCGGCGUCAAACUUGGGGCCAUGAAUGUGCAAGAGCCGCACCAGGGCCUCGCGAACGCCUAUCGGAAACUCGGCAAGGCGAUCCAGACAAUGGGCGACUACCACGCGGCCCAGGCAACGGCGCAUGCCACGACCAUUGGCGACCCCUUCCAGUACCACUCCUCUGAUGCCUUCAUCGUCAAGGAAACUCUGACGAACCGGCAAAUCCUCAUCCGGGAGUUCCUGCAGGCACAAGAAGUUACCCGAAGCAAGCUCAACGCGGCAGACCGUCUCAAGGCGAGCUCGAACGUGCGCCGCGAGAAGGUGGACGAAGCCAUCACGGCCCUAGACGAAGCGCGUCGCAAUGAGACCUACCUUUACCAGAAGACGACCUGUGUCACCCAAAACCUGGUCCACGAGCGACGCAAGUGGUUCGCCCGGACCGCCGCGGACCUACGCCUCAGCAUCCGUGAGUACGUCCUCCGCGAGAUCGAAGCCGAGCGCCGCACCCUCGCGCUUCUCGAGAGCGUCCGGCCCGAUAUCCGGUCCAUCGAUUCUUCGGGCGGCCUGAGCCGGCUGGGCCGCGAGGCGCACCCGACCGUGCGUCGCACGAGCCUUGCGGCGAGCCAAGGACCCAAGGGCGACGCCUGGAGUGGCGUCCCCCGGCGCUCCGACACGAUUAGCCGCAGUGUGUCGGGUGGCAUGGUCCCCAACCUGGCGGAGGACAGCGGAGAGGGUGAGGAUGGACAGGGCGUCACUCAGGCCAAAGUGCCGGGGACCCUCACGGGCGUGGCUGAGGAGGACGCCGAGGAUCGCCUGGACGCGAGGAACGCGGCGAGCCGACUAGCAGCGAGUACAUUCUAA